AUGGCUUGGACUACAGCAAUCACGCUGGCCUGUUUGGCUGCCAUCGCAAAUGGGUGUGGCCUACCUACCUAUGCGCCCGAUCUUUCCGUCACCCGUAUCGUUGGAGGGAAAGAGGCUAACCCAAACAGUUGGCCAUGGCAGGUUGCCCUGUAUUACAAUGGUCAGCAGGUAUGCGGCGGCUCCCUCAUCGAUGAAGAAUGGGUAGUGACUGCUGCCCAUUGCUUUGCCGGUGGCUCAACCAGCAGCUGGUUGGUCUAUGCGGGAAAGCAUAAACUGACAAGGUCCGAAGCUACACAGCAGAAUCUUCGUGUAGCCGCAAUAUACACGCAUGGUAGCUACAACUCCAACACAAUGCAUAAUGACAUUGCCUUGAUCAAGCUGUCCACCAAGGCGACCUUCAACAGUGCUGUAAGUGCAGUGUGCCUUCCAUCCAAGACCCAGUACUUCGGCACCGGCAGGACAUGCUAUGCCACGGGAUGGGGUGAAACUAGUGCACAGGGUUUAAAGAGGGUCGAGAAGGCCGCCAGUACCACUCUCCAGCAGGUGGCUGUCCCCAUCAUCUCUUCCUCAACAUGCGGCUCGUCCCGUUACUACGGCAGUGACUACUCCUCCAGCUACAUGAUCUGUGCCGGAUAUAGCAAUGGCGGUAUGGACUCAUGCCAGGGAGACAGCGGUGGUCCUUUAGUCACAUCAGUUAGCGGAAGAUGGUACCUGGCAGGUGUUACAAGUUGGGGAAUAGGAUGCGCCAAGGCGAGGUCCCCCGGUGUCUACACUCGUGUCACUGGCCAAGUCGAUUGGAUCAACUACGUCAUGCAGAAUUAUUAAAUGUUAUUUCAGCUUCAGGAAG